UUUUUACUCCAAGUCCACAAUCCACAUACACCGAGGCCUGCGGCGGAGCACUAGUAAAGUGCCUUGUACCGAAAAGGCCCCAAUCGAGCACAAGGUGAAGGUAACCAAAAGCUCCCCAAAACAAUGGCCGUCGCGAACAACCUCCAGAGACUCGCCGCCCAAAUCCACCACCUUCCCUCUCUGUCCUUCCACUCAAAGUCUCUAAUUUCUCGAUCCUCAGCCUCAGCCUCAGCCUCAGCCGCGGCCUCGACCCCGUCGUCUUCAUCGAAGAAGGUCGCCGAUCGCAUCGUGAAGCUCUUCGCCAUCGAUCCGGACGGCGUGAAGCGCGAGGUCGUCGGCCUUACCGGCCACACGCUCCUCAAGACCCUGGCCAACGCCGGCCUCAUCGACCCGGCCUCCCACCGCCUUGAGGAGAUCGACGCCUGCUCCGCCGAGUGCGAGGUCAACAUCGCCCAGGAGUGGCUCGAGAGGCUCCCGCCCCGCUCCUACGACGAGGAGUACGUCCUCAAGAGGAACUCCAGGGUUAGGGUUCUCAACAAGCACUCCAGGCUCGGCUGCCAGGUCGUCCUCACGCCCGACCUCCAAGGUAUGGUCGUCGCCGUCCCCGAGCCUAAGCCCUGGGACAUCCCCUAAGUUCUUCUCCUUCUUUUGGUUCUUGUUUGAGAAACGAAGAAGCCAGGGUUUCCAAAUUCCAAUUCUUCCUUUUUUUGUUCGGUGUUUGGAUAUAAAAGUAAUAAUGUGGUUGCUCUUUUGUUGAACCGUGAAAAAACCAUUACAUCUUGAUAUAAUGUGACUGGCUUCUGUAUAAGAUCGUCUUUUCAAUUUGAUUACUUCGUUUCAUUGGAUGUUUGUUUUGUUCUUA